AUGGACGCAAAACAACAAGUUAAACUUGCAAAGGUCGUUAAGGUCCUUGGCCGUACUGGCUCUCGAGGUGGUGUAACUCAAGUUAGAGUUGAAUUCAUGGAUGAUUCAAGUCGUUCAAUUAUCCGUAACGUUAAAGGACCAGUCCGUGAAGAGGAUAUCUUGUGUCUAUUGGAAUCUGAACGUGAAGCAAGGCGACUGCGUUAA